CCGCUCAGAAGCAGCCACUCUUGCUUGUGAGGAGCAUCUGUGAGGUUACUGCUCAUCCCCAGCUGUCGCCCUGGUGGUCCCCGGACACACACAGAGACCAUGGGAACCCUCGAGGGACACCUGCUCCCAGGGUCAUUCUUCCUCUUCUACUCACUCUACUACUCGGUGCUGACGUCCUUGGCCCUGCUACGGGGACAGAGAUUCCUCAGACCCCCUCUGCCCCCAAGGGAGAAGCGAGGGCACAGGUGGUGGCAGCUGUUCCCUGUGGAAGGAGUGGUGAAGAUAGUCAUCAGCCUGAUAGGCAUCUUCCCCGAGUUCUUCUACCCUCUCGGAGUAAGCCGGCUGAGGAUGGUGGACUGGGAGGACCCGCGGCGGCCGUUCGUGUUCAAGGACAACUGGCAGCACGUCACCAUGUACGGGUUCUUCCUGCUCAGCGGCGUGGUGGACAUCGUGAGCCAGGCGUGCCAGGCGCGGCAGAACGUGAAGCUGGAGCGGGCGGCCGAGGCCCUGGCCUUUUUUGUGCUGGUGCUGAUGAUGGGGUCCCACAUCGAGAACAAGGGCACGCUGGAGAUCCGCGUGCACGUCCUGUUCAUGGUGCCCACCUUCCUGGUCAGCCUGGUGCUCACCAUCGAGGUCUGGGUCCCUGACCAGCCCCAACUCUGGGUGCUCAAGACCUGGAUGGGUCUGGUGCUCAGCAACUGGAUGCUGCACUUCAGCGUGCUGCUGUACGUGCCUCCCUCCGGCCAGCCCUGGCGGGCGGAGAACCCCAUGGACCUCGCCUUCCUUACCAUCUUCUUCUGCUGGCACCUGGGCUUAGCAGCUGCUGUGCUAGCUGCUGUCUACGGCCUCUGCAGCCUCUGGCACCAUCACUUCUCCUCCUGGAGAGAGGCUUCAGGCGCCAAGUAUGAGCUGUGCCCCAUGGGUGAGGGCAGCCCAGAGCUUGAGAGGCUCACUGCAGGGGGCCCACUGCAGGACAGGGACGUCUAGACACACACUCUGUCUUUGUGCUGCACCUUUUGUAAUGAGAGUUUUGAGGAUGCCCACCGUGUGCACAGCACAGAAAUGUCCUGGGAUCUACAGUGUGGCUUUCCAUCACAGGAGACCCCUUCCUUGUUCCUAAAGGAAACUUCUAGUUCCUAGGAUUACUUGCAUCACUCUGUUCUCUGCAGGCCUGUCUCUUUCCUGUCUUGCUGUUCAGAAUGGUUCUUAACCAGGGACUUACAUGAAGUGAGAACAGGAGUAGUGCUUUUUCUCUGACAGCUUUUAAGAUCCAAGAGGAGGAAACGAAAUAAGGAAAUAGAGGGAGGUGGGGGGGUGGUCUCUGGGGACUGUCUGAGGCAGAGCGGCUGAGCAUGCGCUCCUGUGAGCCGGCAGGUGAAGAUUUGAAAUGUGUGUGUGUGGUUGGGGGGGGGGUCUGUUUUCUUCAUUUCUCCCUGUUUUUUAUCCUCACUAAGGGUAACAAGAUGAAAAGCUUGCUUUGUUGUUUUCUAAUCUAAACUGAAUGAGGUAACUUCCUGCAGGAGUAAGGGGUGGUAAUCAGUGUAACGGGGCUCAAGUCUGGGGAGAAAAGAGGCAUGGGAGGAAUUCCCAAAGGCGGUGUAAGAAACAAGGAUCAUAUUUGUAACCUUUUAAGUUGUCUGGGUUUUGCUGUGGCAUAAAACAACUCCAUUGUUAUGUAGAGUCUUUCAGUAAAAGUCUGUGAUACAC